AUGGGUUCCGGGCUUCGGGAAUCCAUCAGCUUUGAUGUGCAGCGGAACGAGCCAGGACGUCACCCACGGGGCAUUCAGGCCUUCUGCGACGUGCUGAAGGAAAAUCAGUCCAUCACGCACGUCGAUUUGCGGAAUAACAAGAUCGGCACAGAUUGUGGGCCGUUCCUGGGCGACAUGCUCCGGGAAAACUGCACCUUGACGCACCUCGACCUUAGUUGGAACGACCUCGGGGUGGAGGGCGGCAAGGCCCUCUUGGACGGCCUUCAGGCGAACCACUCACUGAUCGAUUGCCAGCUCAGCGGCAAUCGUUUGGCCGAGGAUACCCUGCACGCCAUUGCUUUCAUCCUCCGAAGAAACCGGCAGACGGCGCCCAUGGGAGCGAGCACUUUCCGGCAGGAGCGUGCGAUGUCACCUUCGCAGGAUCCGGGCUCGCCCAUGGCUUCGCCCAUGUCCCCGAUGUCGGCGCAGGCUCCCACCACGCCGGCCUCGCCAGGUUUCGGCGGCACCACGCCGGCCUCACCCGGUUUUGGCACGACCGGGCGGUCGCUCAACAUGACCAUCGCCUCGGAGGGCGGAAUGGGGCCGACGAGCCCCAAGGAGGGCCCGCCGACCACGAGCCUUCCGCCUCUAACUCCGGCCAAGGUUCAGCCUCCAGUGCAUGACGAGGAGACAUUGAAGCUGCUCCAGAGAGAGCAGAACCAUAGCAACGUCGAAGAUGCUCGUUUCUUCGGCGAGGUGGCCGAGUACAUCGAUCUUCUUCAGCUUGACGUGGCGCGGAACAAGAAAUAUAGGAUGGAUGCUGAGGAGCGCGAGCGCGUCGUGACCAAAGGCUUCAUGGAGAGGGAGAUGCGCUAUGCGCAGGAGAUGCGAGAGCUCUAUGGCAGCAUUUGCCGGGCAGCACCUCGAGAAGUGAUGUGUCGAAGGAUUUGGGGUGAAAAGGGCUGA